CCAGCAUCUAGCAGGUAAAGAGCAGGUCCUGGUCGGUACUUGGUGAUAAGAAGAUGACAUGAGGAGGAGGCUCCUCCUCUUCCCCUCUACCUGACCCAGUUGUCUCCUCUUCUCCUGAAUGAUCCCCCAAGGAUGGACAAGGACAGGAAUGAGAUGACUAAGAGAAUAUUACACUUCACCUUGGAGAUCCUCCACCUGCUGACCGGAGAGGAUUACACCAUAGUGAAGAAGACAUGGGGGGAGUGUGUGGCCCCCAGCAGCCAUCUCCAUGAGUCAGGAGGAAGGAGCAGGACCUGGGGCCCCAUCACGGAGCCCCCACCUCACUCACUGAUACAUGAGAAGAAGAUCCUAGAACUCAUCCACAGGAUCACUGAGCUGCUGACUGGAGAGGUUCCUAUAAGGUGUCAGGAUGUGGCGGUCUAUUUCUCCAUGGAGGAGUGGGAGUAUGUAGAAGGACACAAGGAUCUGUACCAGGACAUAGUCAUGAUGGAGGAUCACCGGCCCCUCACAUCACAAGAUGGAGUCAUUCAUAGAAAUCCACUUGAGAGGUGUCCCCGCCCUCUGUAUUCCCAGGACUGUCCAGAGGGAAAUGUACCAGAGAACCAUCAGGGUGAAGAUCUGAUGGAUAUUAAGAUUGAAAUUAAAGAUGAACCAGAAGAGGAGACGGAUUUCGGGGCCGAUCAGCAGUAUGGAGUCAUUGAUAGAAAUCCACCCGAGAGGUGUCCCCGCCCUCUGUAUUCCCAGGACUGUCCAGAGGGAAAUGUCCCAGAGAAGCAUCAGGGGGGAGAUCUGACUAAUAAUAAAGUGGAGGAUGAAGAAGAGAGGAGGAGGGGCCAUCACCCGUGUAUGGGGGAAGUGAAGGAGGAAAUUCCAGGAGGUGUUACCCCAGAAAAUCCCAGUAAGAAUUCUGAGGGAAACUUCAUGUUAUCCCUGAAUGAUAAAGGAGAAGAUGAAGAUAUGAUGGAGCGCUCCUCAGGAGAAGACCUCCUUACCCCUAAUGUCCAUCCAGAUCUAUCCUAUAAUAAUCCACCUGAUCAUGAGGAACCUUCUCCUGACCAACCACACAUUGUUACCACAAGGACAGAGCAGAAAGGAGGGAAAAGGAUUCGAUGUGAUGAAUGUGGAAAAGCGUUUACUGAAAGAUCAAGUCUUUUUAGACACUGGAAAAUUCACACAGGGGAGAAGCCAUAUUCAUGUUCAGACUGUGGGAAAUGUUUUACAAGUAAAGCUUAUGUUUUAAUACAUAAGAGGAUUCACACGGAAGAGAGGCCUUAUACAUGUUCAGAAUGUGGUAAAUGUUUUGCAGACAAAUCACAUUUGUUUAGACAUGAGAGAAUUCACAAAGGAGAAAAGCCAUAUUCAUGUUCAGAAUGUGGUAAAUGUUUUAUAAGUAAAGCAGAUGUUUCAAAACAUAAGAGAAUUCAUACAGGAGAGAAGCCGUUUUCAUGUUCAGAAUGUGGGAAAUGUUUUAUAAGUAAAUCAAAUCUUGUUAAACAUGAGAGAAUUCACACAGGAGAGAAGCCGUUUUCAUGUUCAGAAUGUGGGAAAUGUUUUAUAAGUAAGUCAAAUCUUGUUAAACAUGAGAGAAUUCACACAGGAGAGAAGCCGUUUUCAUGUUCAGAAUGUGGGAAAUGUUUUAUAAGUAAAUCAAAUCUUGUUAAACAUGAGAGUAUUCACACAGGAGAGAAACAAUAUUCAUGUUCAGAAUGUAGAAAAUAUUUUUCAUGUAGAUCGAAACUUUUAAGACAUGAGAGAAUUCACACUGGAGAGAAACCAUAUUCAUGUUCAGAAUGUGACAAAUGUUUUAUAUAUAAAUCAGAACUUGUUGUACAUGAGAGAAUUCACACUGGAGAGAAACCAUAUUCAUGUUCAGAAUGUGAUAAAUGUUUUAUAUAUAAAUCAGAAUUUGUUGUACAUGAGAGGAGUCACACAGGUGAGAAGCCAUAUGCAUGUUCAGAAUGUGGGAAAUGUUUUACAAGUAAAUCACAACUUUCUAUGCAUGAGAGAAUUCACACAGGAAAGAAGCCAUAUUCAUGUUCAGAAUGUGGGAAAUGUUUUAUGCGUAAAUCAGAUCUUGUUAAACAUGGGAGAAUUCACACAGGAGAGAAGCCAUUUUCAUGUUCAGAAUGUGGGAAAUGUUUUAUAUGCAAAUCACAUCUUGUUAAACAUGAGAGAAUUCACACAGGAGAGAAGCCAUUUUCAUGUUCAGAAUGUGGGAAAUGUUUUAUAAGUAAAUCACAUCUUUCUAGACAUGAGAGAAGUCACACUAGAGACUGAUAGAUUUAAAUAAUAAAUGAUAAAAAUAUAAUAAUAUGGAGAAUGGAAAUAUGAGAUCUCAGGUAACGGUAAAAUGUGAUGUUUCUAAGUUGUGUUGUGAGAAUUAACCCUCGAAUAAACUUCAUAAUGAAACCUAAGCAGAAGCUAAAGCCGACAUCAUCUCUUGGUCAUCAGCACCUGGGGUCAUGUGACCUUUGUAGGUAAAUAACGGUAAUGAGAAGUAAUAUAUGUAAUGCUAUUAUAAAGCAAAACAGAAAGUUGUGCAGCGCG